GAGACAGACCUGGAACGUGUCUCAGAGGAGUCUGAUCCAGCUUGGAGCAGCUCCGGAGCGGGUUUCACCCGGUUUCCAAAGGGCUUGGACCGCUCACAAAGACAGGAGGGGAAAGUUUCCUUCUUCAUCUUUGGUUUCGCGUCUCUGCAGCUCAGGCGUCGGUCAUGUUCAGGUAGAGACCUGAUUCAGUGGCGCCCACCAUGCUGAAGCGUCUGGACAGGAUCCGGUUCCGGGGCCAGAGACGGGAUGAGUUCCUGGAUCUGGCCGAGUCCCCCAACACCUCUGACACGGAGUGCAACGAGGAGGCCAUGAUGAAACCUCGCUUGUCCAUGAGAGAGUCAGAGGAGCUGAGGGAGGUGGAGGGAGAGCAGCAGGGUGAUGCUCAGGCUGGUCCUGGAUCAUUUUCUGCAGCUCUCCAAGAUGAUUCAAGGACAGAUUUGAAUGAGGUCAAAGGUCACUUAGAAAUUGCUUUGUUAGAGAAACACUUUUUGCAGGAGGAGCUGAGGAAACUUAAAGAGGAGUCCAAUGUGGAUUCAUUGAGGCAGGAGCUGGAGAAGGAGCGCUGCAGACGCACUGAGCUGGAGCAAAAGAUGAAUGAUGCCCUCAGAUCCAGACUUGAAGACUCACCCUCUCAGACACCUAAAGUCCAGCCCCCUCCUCCACCUGCAGGUGGCAGCACUGACAAGCAGAAGGAGACUCUGUCUAACAGCUUCCUGAAAUGGCUUUACGAUCGAUUUGGGGUUUAUAUAGAAGAUUUCCGCUUCCAACCAGAGGAGACGACGGUGGAGACGGAGGAGCCACUGAGUGCCAAGAGACUGACUGAAAACAUGAGACGACUCAAACGAGGAUUCAGACCUGUGACCAACUUCAUGAGGAACCUCUCUGCCUUAUCCAGCUGGUACUCCGUCUACACGUCAGCCAUCGCCUUCAUUGUAUAUAUGUAUGCAGCAUGGCAUGGCUGGGCCAUCCCCAUGUUCCUGUUCCUCGCCAUCCUCCGUCUCUCCUUGAAUUACCUCAUUGCCAGGGGCUGGAGGAUCCAGUGGAGCAUCGUACCUGAGGUCUCGGAGCCAGUGGAGCCUCCGAAAGAAGACCUCACAGUGUCUGAGAAGUUCCAGCUGGUUCUGGAUGUUGCUCAGAAAGCUCAGAAUCUGUUUGGGAAGAUGGCCAACAUCUUGGAGAAAAUAAAGAAUCUGUUCAUGUGGGUUCAGCCGGAGUUGACUCAGAAGCUGUACGUUGGUCUGUGGGUGGCCUUCAUAUCCUCGUGCCUGCUGCCAUUCAAACUGCUGGGAUUCAUCAUAGGCGUGUAUGCAGGUAUCAAAUUCUUCAUCAUCGAUUUCAUCUUCAAGAGUUGUCCCAAGCUGAGGCAGCGCUACGACACCCCCUACAUCAUCUGGACCAACUUACCCACCGACCUGCAGCUGAAGGAGCGUAGCAACACCACGCUGAGCAGACGGCUGUCUGAGUGUGAACAGGUUCCUACGGCCGGGGGUCGAGGCAGCGUCACUGCAGCGGCUCCUCUGGGCGUCAGCCGGGACGAGGACGGGGGACGAUACUACAGCACCAAGAGAGGAGCUUUUCACGAGGUGUUCAACCUGCCGGAGAGCGAGCGUCCUCUGACAGUGUGUGAGAACGGCUGGCGCUGCUGCCUCAUCAACAGAGACAGGAGGACACCGACAGACUACAUCCGCAACGGAGUGCUGUACGUCACUGAGAAUUACCUGUGCUUUGAGAGCUCCAGCUCCAGGUCGGGAUCCUCAAAGAGGAACAAAGUCAUCAAAUUGCUCGACAUCACCGACAUCCAGAAGUACAAAGUUUUGUCAGUGCUUCCAGGAUCUGGGAUGGGUAUCUCCGUAGCAACGCCGUCCACCCAAAAGCCGAUGGUGUUCGGAGCGAUGAUACACAGAGACGAGGCAUUCGACGCCAUCUACACUCAGUACAUGAAGAUUGUUACCAUCGCUACAGCCACCAACCCAGAGACACAGUAACUCCUUCAGCAGAGGGCAGCUUUAACACAAACACUACAACUGCUACACUUCAUUCACCAGUGGCGUCUUCAAACUGCUGCUGACUUCAGUUUCAGCUGCUGGUAUCCUGAUAGUAAAUCAGCUGAUUCCACCCAGACACUGAUGUCUUGACAGAAUCAACCAAUCCAAAAUCAAUCGCUGUUCCUGAAUAGUUUUACAGAAAACUGGACAUCAUGCUUGAGUGUUAGUUUACCGUCAGUUCACAGCUAUAAGCUGGUGGUCAAACAACAGCCGGAACAAACAAAAAAGUAGUGUACUCUCCAGUUACAUCUACUUUGCUCUUAUUUGAUUGAUGAUAAUGCAACUCCGCUUUUUCUGUAUCGAUAUUAUAUCAAAUUAAAAGCUGCUCAGGGGGCUUACUUAGUGGGAUUUAAUCUGAGAAAUUACCACCACUGCAGCUCAUCAGUCAGCUAUGUUACAUGACUAGUUGCAGUGCGUGUAACUCCCACUGAGGUAUUCUACACCAGAAAGUUAACUUCACAGUGUAGGUGUGCUGAAAUGGUUACCGGACUAACCAAAAUUUUGAUAAUAUAUCAACAAUUUGGGUCACUUAUCAGUCAAAAACUGAAAUUAUUAUCUUCCUGCAGCUUUACCAAUGUGAAGAUUUGUUACUUUUCUCUGUUUUGUAUAUCACUGUAAGCUGAAUAUCUUUGGGUUUGGGACUAUUGAUCGCACAAAAAUGAGUGAGAAACUGGAAUGGACAUUUUUCAUUAUUUUCUGAUGUUAAAUAAAUAACUAAGCAAUUAGUUGCAGCUUAACAGUCUACUGCACACAUCACAGAGGUGUGAAACAGCAGCCCAGGACUGUACACUAUAAACUAUUAUGCAUUUCUGCCUACGUUGACGUAACCACUGGUGUUACUUCAUAAUCCUCUCGCAGAUAGGCAGCCUAAAAGCUGGUAUAUUUCGGAAAAUAAUCAUCACGGAAAGGCAUUUUACAUGUUUUUUGUCAUUUUUCAUAACAACAAAAAACAUGAGAAACCAGAUGAAAACCGAAGGACACAAAGAUUUGUCUUGCUGUUGUCUUUUGUCAAAGAUGCGUAACAUUAAUGGCGUGAGAAUAUCAAAAACAAUUUACAACUAAAUCAAAAUGGAACUUAAAAGACCGAUAUAGUGAGAAAUGUCCAUCAGAUGUUUUGUUUAGUUUGAAACACCAACUUAUUCAGACCAGAAAGGAAAAAAAGCAGCAUUUUCCUUAUUUUAAAGAAGCUAUAAUUUUUUUUAACUUUCUGAAAAUUCAUGCCAAGAAAUUCAUAUAAGGCAGAACAUUUAAUUAAAUAUUACACUCUUAUUAGGUGAACAUAUUUAAACCUCAUUAAUGUACAUUAGUGUCUUCAGGGAAUUAUACACCUUCAUUAUAUGGCUCUGUAUUGUAUUACUGCAGCUACGCCUUACUGUCAGUUCAUGUUACAGUGCAUUUUUUAUGUGAUGGUCUAAAGUGUUUGUAUUCUAAAUGAAUGUUUAACAACUAUUGUAUGUGAGACGUUUAAUUAAGUGGAAACCACAAAUUCCAGCUGAUCUUUUAUCUUAUUUUUUCUCAGCUGAAGGGUGAAGCUGUAGCUAAUGACACAGAUAUGAACUGUAAACCUUUUGACAUUUUGUCUCAUUUGUUUCUGCUUUCUCUUUAGUUUUCUUCUAUAAUCAGUAUGCCACGGAAAACUAAAAAACAAAACACAAGCUACAUAUAAUGUACUACCAGUCAAAAAUUUGGACACACCUUCUCAUUCAGUGGUUUUUAUUGAAUUAUUUUGUACAUAGUAAAUCAAUACUGAAGACAUAAAAACUAUAAAUGAAUACAUAUGGAAUUAUGUUGUAAACAAAAAAAAAUAAUCUUCAGUAUUAAUCUACAAUAUAGAAAAUAAUACAAAUAAAUAAAAAGCAUUGAAUGAGAAGGUGUGUCCAAACUUUUGACUGGUAGUGUAUAACUAUGGAAUGCAACAGUCCGAAAUGCACAUUUUUUCUAGCUUUUUUCUAGCUUUAGCUUUCUUUCAGAAUAUGCCAAGAAGUAGUUUUCAUAUUUCUUUUUUUUAAGGCUAUUGACUAAAACUAAAGUUUAAAAAGAAAAAAAAACUAACAAGGAAAUACAAUUUAGCUUGUGUUUAUUCACUAGUUCAUUUUAUUCAGCCCAGAGGUUUCACUGAAUAAAAAUGAAUCACAAAAAUACUCAUUGUUGCUCUCUGCAGGGUGGGUACUUCUGAGUAGCCUUUUAAAACACUGCUGUCUGCUGAGCGACAUUUUUUCUGCCCUCACAACGUCCAAUCUUCUCUUUUAUUUGAUGGCACAAAUUAGCCAAAUAUUUUUUUGUCCAUGACAAACAUGCUAUACAGGUUUGUCGGCUUUAAAAUGGUGUCUCUGCUCCUGCCGACCUUUAACUGUGUUUUCUGUUCAGUGGAACAUGUAUCUGAAGUUGGUCACACCAGCGUUUAUUACUUUUAUUGCCCAUCAGAUUUCCUUGAUUUCACUGACUGAUUACAAAUGUGACCUUUUUGAUACUGAUAUUAAACCGUCCAAAGCGUGGCAAGUUGUUGUUUUAUUUAAAUCAAUCUAAUCAUAGAGCUAAAGUAAGAAUAAUAUUUUGUCUUUUUUUUCACAUAUAAAAUUGCACAUGAAGUCAACUGUUUGAAUAAAUUGUUCUAUGUGAUCAGCAUAUCUAAAGCUCUAUCAUUGCCAAAUCUUUUCCUCUUUUGUAGUUUUUCCAUUUUGUUUCUGGGCAAAAGGUUUUACUGUUCUCAUUUUUGCAAAAUUGAUACCAGUUGAUCAUGCCACGUUGCCUCAUUUAGCUAUUUAGCCGUUGUGUGUUUUCUGACCUGUCUUUGCUUAAUGCAACUCAUUUUCUUUGUGGUUUCUCAGGUUUCAUUUUUGUGUUGUGUCAUCACUAUCAACAUUUCUCCGUUGAGUUAUUGUGUCUUUUGGAUGUGAGGGUUUUAUUAAACGGUGUAAUUGUACAAAUAUGUGUAAACUUUUUAAAUGAUGUUGUUUCUGUUGUUACAAUGUGAUGUACAUUCUUUUUUUAUUUAAGUAAAAUCAAAUAUCCUGUGCUAA